AUGGCAACUCCCGCCCUAGACAGCUCACCCCAGCGAGGGAUCUCUGUGGCCUCCGGGAACUGUGUACCACUCACGGAGCUGCUGAGGGGACAGGGUCUCACAACCGCGCUGCUGCUGCUUGCGCGGACCACCACCAGAGCCACUCCUCUGCGUAGACCCGCGCCCAGCUCCACCGCCACCCCGGCCGCCUCCGCCGCCUCCGCCGCCUCCGCUACUACCGCCGCCUCCGCUACUACCGCCGCCUCCGCCGCCUCCUCCACCGCCACCACCUCCACCACCUCCGCUCCCACCGCCACCGCCGUCGCCGCCUCCGCCUCCACUGCCGCCUCCGACACCUCCACCCCCACCUCCACUUCCACCGCCACCCCCACUCCCCCCGCCGCCUCCACCUCCACCUCCACCUCCACCGCCCUCGCUUGCUCCUCCAGCGCCCCUGCCCCCCUUGCUCUUGCCAGAGCGGCGUCUCCCGCUAGGGGCAGACGCCGCACUGACCGACUCAACACCAACGAGGUCGGCCGCAGCAGCAGAGGCAACGGAGGGCAGAAGGGGGGAGGGGGAACACCCCUCAAAGAUGGGGGUGCGCGGGUCACCACGAGAGGCCCCUACAGCGACUAUGCUCUUCUCGGCCGCUAG